AAUAUAAUAAUACAAUAAAAUAAUAAAAAUAAUGUCCAAAACGACAAUGGAAAUAUUAUUGUAUAUAUUUCUGUGGUUACUGCCUUCAUGUCUAUCUCUUAAUAAUGGGUUGGCGCUGACGCCACCCAUGGGUUGGCUUACUUGGGAAAGGUUUAGGUGCAUCACAGACUGCAAGAAGUACCCUCAAGAAUGUAUAAGCGAAGCCCUGAUAAAACGUACUACUGAUAUCAUGGUAAAGGAAGGGUAUCUGGCUGCUGGCUAUAACUACAUAGCCAUAGAUGAUUGCUGGCUGGAGAAGCAACGCGAUGCUGAUAACCGGAUGGUGGCCGAUCGACAUCGUUUCCCGAGCGGCAUGAAAGCGCUUGCGGAUUACAUCCAUGAGCGAGGUUUACAGUUCGGAAUAUACCAGGAUUACGGAACAAAGACGUGUGCGGGAUACCCAGGAGUGCUAGGCUAUGAGGAGAUUGACGUCAAAACGUUCGCCGAAUGGGAUGUGGACUAUGUUAAACUUGACGGAUGCUAUGUUGAUUCUAGUAAAAUGGAUACUGGUUAUCCCGCUUUCGGAAAACUACUGAAUGAGACUGGGCGUCCCAUGUUGUAUUCAUGCAGUUGGCCGGCGUACCAGGACAAACCAAACUACGAUUCGAUUGAGAAACAUUGCAACUUGUGGCGCAACUGGGGGGAUAUCGAUGACUCCUGGGCAUCUGUGAAGAGCAUCAUGAAGUGGUUCGCAGACAAUCAGGACGAGUUGGUAAAACAUGCAGGACCUGGACAUUGGAAUGACCCGGAUAUGUUGAUAAUUGGUAACUUUGGUUUAUCAUUGGACCAAGCACGCGUACAGAUGGCGGUGUGGUCGGUGCUCGCUGCGCCGCUCCUCAUGAGCGUGGACCUCGCAACCAUACGCCCGGAGUUCAAGGAGAUCCUCCUCAACAAGGAUAUCAUCAAGGUCGAUCAGGACCCACUCGGGAAGCAGGGACUUCGAGUAUGGAACGGAUCCAAUUGCGAGAUCUGGACUCGAGAACUGGUCGACGGAUCUUACGCUAUAGCUAUCGUGAACUUGCGAGAGGACGGUGCUCCGUAUACACUGAGAGUUAACGCCCACCAGAUGAAGAUACCAAAGCAAACUUAUAAAGUAAAGGAUCUGUAUAAGGACGAAGAAUCAAGAGUGUUUAAUCCGGAAGAUAAUUUCGAAACCAGAAUCAAUCCCACAGGUGUACGUUUCUACAAGUUCACAAAAUGUGUAUCCCACGGAAGGAGAAGACGUGAAAAUGGAAGCCAUUGUGUUGUUUAAUUCCGCUCGAGUAAUAUUUUACAUUUUAAGUCUUUUAAGUGAGUGGUUACGUAAUACGGUUUUUUGUCGGUGAAAAAAUG